CAUCUCUGCCCGCACUGCGCAUGCUCCCUGGAUCCUUUUCUCCAUCCACACGUCGAGGGACUUGAAAGCGUGAAUAAAGAUGCUCAACGUCUCGGGUCGCUGGAGCCUUGUCACCGGGUGAAACUGAGUUAUCUGGAAGGACGCGCACAGCAGAACCGAGUAGAUCUAACUGAAGGAGUCGUUGUAUUCCGGUUUCACCGCGCGGGCACUCCACCGACAUGGAACUGAAGAAAUCUUUUUCGGACACCGAGCGCGCGCUAAAAAGCUACGGCGCCGUGUCGGAAACGGCAUGGACAACGGACAAAGGUCAUUCAGAUGUGUCCAUGGCAGAGAGCACCAUGGCUCCAGAGGAGAUCGAGGUGGAGAUGGCUCGUAUCCAGCGCCUGCGAGAGGUCCUGGUACGCAGAGAGUCAGAGCUGCGCUUCAUGAUGGAUGACAUUCAGCUCUGCAAAGACAUCAUGAGUUUAAAGCAGGAGCUGAGACAGAUUGUCACAGUGCCAGAGAAAGAAAAGAACAAGAAGCACAGGCAGCGGGAAGAAGAACUGAUCCUGAAGAUUCAUAAACUGGUGCAGACGAGGGACUUCCUGGUCGACGAUGCAGAGGUGGAGCGAUUGAGGGAGCAAGAGGAGGACAAGGAGAUGGCCGAGUACCUCAGACUGAAGCUGAUGCCUCUGGAGAAGAAGCUCAAAUCCUCACAAAAUCCUCCAAAGCCUAAGAGACAAAUCCCAGAGCCACCUCCCAACAAGCCAUCCAUCACCAAGUCCGGAGUGGCCAUCAUUAAGGAUUGCUGUGGAGCCACCCAGUGUGCCGUCAUGUAGGCUAACUGACACAGUUCUCUGUGACCUCGUCGUCCUCGCGUCAGAAACCACACACACUCGCAUCACAUCACAUGCCAUACAUCGCUUCCUGUGGCUCAGUGAACCUCGGUUAACCGCGUUUUCCCCUCGAAACUGCUCAGGAAUCAGGUGCGUAAUUGAACCGCGGAUACAGUUUCAGCCGCAAGAGUUUGGGAGCUGAUCCCGAGUCAGUGCUCGAGGGAAACUUUACAAUGUGGCGCUUCUGUAAGUGAAGACACUUUGUCCACAGUGUACAUGAAGUAAAGGGAACUGUAAAUUAACAUUCAAUAAAUACGUGUCUUAAAUUAGAAUCAGAUUGGGUCAUCGUGUAAUAUUCCUUUAAAAUAAGGUGCAUGAUCAUGUGAUCAAUAUUAAGAGAAGCAUUUACAGAACUACAAGCACAAUGUCCACAAAGUGAAGUGUAAAUGCUGAGGUUCUCUGUCUGACAGGAAAAUAUAUAUAUUGUCAAGUCAUGUUUGAUAACGGGUAUUUAUUCUUCCAUUUCAUCCCUUUAACAUCAACCAGAGAACUUCUUUCACCUUCAGGAGACUACAACUAAUGUUCCAUCACUCAGACAAACAAUUAACAAUGAAAUGAUUGGUAUAUAGAUGCUAGAGAGCGAUGGCAGCCAUGUGGAUGCUUCUUCUUCUGGAGCAGAGCAAUAUGUUUGACUCAACGCUGCUACACAGUUGUCAUAUUAGAUGCGAGGCCAUGUGUUUGCAUUUCACUCUACUGAAGAAUGCUUCCUGUUACCGACACGCCACCUCAUGACCCAUUUCUGCAGUUUCCACUCGUUCAUCUUUGUUAACCUUGUACAUGCAACACUUAUGUAGUCAACAUGGUAACGAGUUUAUUUAUUCCCCUCAAUGGUCCACUAAGCUGCUCAUUCCCCAGCGUCACAUCACUAACGUCAUCUCAGCCAUCAGCAACCGGGAACCAUUGACCGUCGUAGUAUGACGUCGUUAUUAUGGACAUUUCUGACAACUUGCAUCCUCUGAAUUUAGUCUUGCGUUUUUAUGAUAAACACCAGGAAAUGAAUGCAACUCUUGUAAACGCCUCCAAUAAACUGUAUGUUUGAGUGUAUUUAGGACUUCAGUGACUCGUCUCAUGCAAAGUGUUGCUGUGUCACUUUACCUUCCUUCUGAUAACUUAGCGUUCUGUAGUAGUGAAUUUAUGAAGGUCCUUAUGUUGAAUAUUGAACAAAUAUGCAGAAUAUAAGCUGAAACUACCUGUACAUACAUGUUUAAUAAAAGAGCAUCUUUCAGGAA